UGCGCGCUCCACGGACAGAUAUCGCAAUAACUGAUUGUCACGGCAAGUGCAGUUUCUUCUCGUCGCGCGGGCUCAAAGACCAUGAGACUGUUUAUAUUAGUCACCAUGGUGGCCAUGGUGUGGGGUUCCUACGAGGAGGAGCACGGCAGCACCACAUAUCACGAGACGUCGAAACCUGUGGAGAUACCGAUUUACAAGAAAUACGCGAUACCAAUCCCGCAUCCGGUCCCGGUUCCGGUGCCUCAGCAAAUUAAGAUUCCGAUACCUCAGCCGUAUGAGGUUCAUGUCGCAGUCCCACACCCGGUCCCCGUGGAGGUGGUCAAACAUGUCGAAAUACCCGUGGAAAAGCCAGAGCCGUACAUCGUCGAGAAAAAGGUACCGUACGUCGUGGAGAAACCGUACCCGGUGACGGUGGAGAAGCACUUUCCAGUACCGAUACCCAAGCCAUAUCCAGUUCACGUGCCGGUGUACAAGCAUGUUUUCCACCACCAGAGCUCAGGACACGGCUGGAAACAUUGAUCCCGACAGGCCUGGACUCUCUUCAGUACUUUAUGCCAAAAAUAGCGACAGAGCUACACGCGAGAGAGCAACGGUAGAUCGUAAGCGUUGUGAUGUCUGUACAUAGUUCGUUGUUGUACGUGUAAUGUUAUGUUUGUCUAA